AUGCGUUCUAACCACAUGGAAGACAGAGGGGGUGAGUGCCUCAGUGACAUGUUGAAAAACCACCAUAUGAAGGUCUGUAGUUUGGACUUUGGGCUGACGGCUGGCUGUCUCUCCAUAGGUGUAUGGAUUCUACAGGAGCAUGUCUAUGCCGGUCACCACUGUGUCCGUCAGCUCCUCUGUAGUGUUUGGCGUCUACAGGAAUGUCCUGCAAUGUCCUACGUCAACUACGCGCCACCUCCACAGGUUUAGAUUUUCUGCAAGCCAAGGUGGACAUCUUUUUGUCCGGGUUGUCAGGCGUUGCCCAGGUAGUCUACUUAUUAUUAUAUUCGUCUACAGUCGUUGUGACAUUACAUGACAUGAUGCUUGGCUUUUACAAUAUUGAUCAGUUUCAGUAAAUUCCUUCAGUAAAACUAAAAGUUCCCCAAAGCAAAAACUGGGUCAUAUUCACUAGGAACCAAAUGGAAGUUGUCCUAGUUGAAACGUUUGUUUUCCUUUUCCGUUGCAAGCGUUUUGCUAUGGUAUGCACUAAUACGACCCUGAUGACAUCAUCACCACAACACCUAGGGUUUGAAUCCUCCCUCUCUUAUCCUCUUUAAAGGAUCAGUGGUGGCACCAGCUGACAUAGUGAAAGUACGGCUGCAGUGUCAGAUGGUACAUCAAGGCUUGGACGCUCAGCAACCCAAUGCACGGUCUGAAGACCAUCGCUCGUGAGGAGGGCUUCCUCGAACUGUACAAGGAAGCUAGUGCACUCGACCUGCGAGAAAGCCCUUGUUUUGCCACCUACUUCACUAUUUAUCACGUUAUCUGUGAGCAACUGUCACCACCUGGGAAGACCCAGCCAGGUAAACACACAUCAUCACACAAAGCAUAUGCUUCUGUAACUCCGCUAAUGUCAUGUUAAGUGUAAAAGGUUGCUUUUACCAUUGGUCAUUAUUCAUUCAUCAUUUUGUGUUGGAUGUGGACGGCGGUUCUGCUUGCUGGUGGACUCUCAGGGAUGUGCGGCUGGUACAUAGGGACACCCAUAGACGUGAUCAAAUCCCGUUUGCAGGUGGACGGUAUAGGCAAGAGGAGAUACAAGGGUUUCUUCCACUACAGAGCAUAGGCACUGAGGGGCCGGGUGUUCUCUUCAAAGGCCUGGGCCUCAAUUGCAUACGUGCCUUCCCCGUCAUC